AAUCAUCCUCCAAGCACCAAUCGGGAAGCAAAAUGAGGGAAUCUUUAUCAUUUCUUAUGUAUCCAACGUGGGACGAAAGAACGUCUAAAAAGAAAGUAAAGUCCGGGAGGGGAAAACAAGCGGUGGAAGCGGUCAGAAGUGCGAACUGAAAUUGUGAAUUAUCGGAGUUUUCAGACCGUACAACGAGAUCAAGAUAAAAGCUUCCCAGUUCCUUUAACCGCGAGCAGGACUGCUGGAGAGAGAGAGAGAGAGAGAGAGAGAGAGAGUGAACGAACGCGAGCCGCAAAGUUCACAACAGUCGGAUGGAUUUACUGGAACUGCUACGCUUAAAAAGUGGUUUAUUAUAAUUCACUACAGUGAUCCAAAACCCUGCAUUCGCAGUUCGGAAACUUUAUAUCAAAUCCGCGAAGAAGCGAGAGCCUCAAACUUUUUAAAGAGUGCGGUUUUCCUUGAGGAAAAGUUUUUUUUAAAGCGCCGAUGAUCCCAGAUUUUCCUUCAACACGCUCGUAUGGAGUUAAUGGACACCAUCUACUAUGUUUUUACUUUUCAUAAUAAUGAAUCACUUGGGAUCAAACCAUUAUAAGAACUUUAGAAACGCCAUUGACGAUUUAAACUCCUAAAACUACAUUGGAUCUCUCUUGCCAAAACAAAGCGUCUGUCGAUCUCCGAUCCAGACCCACUUUUCACCCUUUUAAGGACAACUGUAUUUAGUUUUGGCUUCUGGACAAGUUUCUACUAUUGCCUCGUCGUGAUUCACCUUUGAUUUACUUGCGUGGUGCAGCAGGGGAGAUAAAAUUUUACUGGAGACCGUUUUCAAGUCCAGGACUGAUGCAUUGCCCCAAAACAACGCAGUAUAAUUUGAUAUUACCGUUGGGUAAACAAACAACUUAAUGAAGGCGAAUUACUCGAACUGUGAGAAACUCAAUAAGCUCGAGCUGUCCGUUUGUGGAUGAGAGAGAGAUCAGUCGUUAAGCGCUGAGACAACUGGAUACAAAAUGGCGGCGUGGCUGGGACAGAUGGGAUCACUUUCAUAUCAUGUGUUUUAUUGGCUUUUGACGCUGGAACUGUUAAUCAAUUAUGGCGCACCGUGUCCUCAAAACUGUACGUGUACGCUUGAUACGACCGACUGCAGUCGUUUGGACAUGACUGAUGUCCCUCAAGACUUGCCUAAGAGCACUGUGCAUCUAAAUCUGAGCCACAACAAGCUGACAGCAGUUGAUAUGGACAUCCUCUCCAAUCUGCCCAACCUGAGAGAAGUGAGGUUUGACCACAAUGAGCUGACAUCCAUCCCUUCAUUUGGAGACGCAGCAGCAACAGUCGUUACACUGUUCUUGCACCAUAAUAAAAUCCGCAGACUGGAGGGGAGCCUGCUGCAGAACUUCUCUGCUCUGGAGACGCUAGAUCUGAGUAAUAAUGACAUCACAGAGCUGAGAGAGAACUGCUUCCCUUCGGGGUUACAAAUCAAGGACCUGCACCUGAGCAGUAAUAAGAUUGUUCAUCUGGAGUUUGGGGCGUUUAAGAACCUCGCCGGAAGUCUGCAGAUCCUCAGAUUGAGCCGGAACCGACUGACCCACCUUCCUGUUAAAGGCCUGGAGCUGCCCAAGCUCACACAACUGGAGCUAAGCAGGAACAGGUUGCGGUUGAUCGAGGGACUCACCUUCCAAGGUUUGAGCAGUUUAGAAGUUCUCAAGCUUCAGAGAAACAACAUCAGCAAGCUGACGGAUGGGGCGUUCUGGGGUCUGGCCCGGAUGAGGGUUCUGCACCUGGACUAUAACAGUCUGCAGGAGGUGAACAGCGGCUCCCUUUACGGUCUGGAGUCGCUCGUGCAGCUCUACCUCUCCAACAACUCCAUCUCUAACUUUAACCCUGAGGGCUGGGGCUUCUGUGAGAGACUGCGAGAACUGAACUUGUCCUAUAAUAACCUGACGAAGCUGUCCGAGGGUAGUUUUGCCAAGCUGGUGAAUUUGAUCUCGCUGCGUUUGGGACACAAUUCCAUCAGUCACAUCACAGAGGGAGCGUUCAGAGGCCUUAGUUCCCUACGUACGCUGGAGUUGGAUCACAAUGACAUCUCUGGCACUAUAGAGGACACCAAUGGGGCCUUCACUGGCCUCGAAAACCUCAACAAACUAACUCUGUUUGGAAACAAGAUCAAGUCGGUGGCCAAGAAAGCCUUCUCGGGCCUGGAGGCUCUGGAGCACCUAAACUUGGGGGAAAAUGCCAUCCGUUCCAUCCAACCAGAGGCAUUCAGUAAGAUGAAGAACCUGCGUUACCUUCAUAUUCAGAGUGAUAGUUUUCUGUGUGACUGCCAGCUGCACUGGUUUCCGGAGUGGCUGGUAACACGAGGGCUGCAGCCUGGCGUUCAGGCCACAUGUGCCCACCCAGAAAGCUUAAAGGGCACUAGCAUCUACCAGGCCCCACCACAGAGCUUUGUUUGUGAUGAUCUUCCCAAACCCCAGAUCACAGUCCACCCUGUCACAACGCCAGCAGUAUUGGGCAAAGAUGUGCGUCUGACCUGCACGGCUGCCAGCAGCAGCAGCUCACCCAUGACCUUCACCUGGCGCAAGGACCAGGAGACGCUACGCCAAGCUGAGGUGGAGAACUUCGCCCAUGUUCGGGCCAGUGACGGAGGGGUGAUGGAGUACACCACUAUCCUCCACCUCCGACACGUCACCUUCAACCACGAGGGCCGCUACCAGUGCAUCAUCAGUAACCACUUUGGCUCUUCCUACUCCAACAAGGCCCGCGUCACUGUAAACGUGCUGCCUUCAUUCGUCAAGACCCCACGCGACAUCACGAUCCGCACGGGCACGAAGGCGCGGUUGGAGUGCGCGGCCGAAGGACAUCCGACUCCCCAGGUGGCGUGGCAGAAAGACGGUGGUACGGAUUUCCCUGCCGCCCGAGAGCGCCGCAUGCGCGUGAUGCCUGAUGAUGAUGUCUUCUUCAUCAUGGACGUGAAGCCUGAGGAUAUGGGCGUGUACAGCUGCACGGCCAAAAACACGGCGGGCAUGAUCUCCGCCAAUGUCACACUAACGGUGCUAGAGACCCCUCAUCUGGCACAGGAAAUGGAGGAUCGAAAUGUGGUGGUGGGUGAAACUGUUGCAUUGCAGUGCAAGGCUUUAGGCAGCCCACCUCCUCGCAUCACCUGGCUAAAAGGGGAGGAGCCUCUUCGCCCCAGCGACCGUCACCACUUCACUCCAGGGAAUCAGCUCUUGGUGAUCGUCACGACCAUUUUAGAGGACGCAGGACGCUACACGUGUGUCAUGUCCAACACCCUCGGCACAGAGCGCGCUCACUGCCAGCUGAAUGUUUACGAGCGCUUCGAGGACUGUGCUCCUUUUACAAGCCCCAGCACUGUUACUGUUGGAAUCAUUGUCAUAGCUGUGGUGACCAGUAUUGUGGUGACAUCACUAGUUUGGGUGUGUAUUAUCUACCAGACGAGGAAGAAGAGCGAGGAGUGCAGUGUAAACACAGAUGAGACAAUUGUCCCUCCUGAUGUCCCAAGUUACCUGUCCUCUCAGGGCACUUUAUCAGAGAGACAGGAUGUGUGUAUACGAGUGGAGUCCAAUGGCGGAUCUCAACCCAACGGACGCAUAGAAAACAAUGGCUAUGAUGGGCCGGUCGUGUGUACAGACUGCUUGGAAAAUGGUACCAGCUACUCCAAACACUGCAACUACCUCCCUCAUGGGAUAGCACCCCCUUCAGGCCUGGAGUAUCAGCAGACACACCAGACAUCAACUUUCACCAGCCACAACACUGGUGAACCACACUGCAAUGGCACACCUAAUGGGGUCAGGAAAGACAGUUCCCAAACUCCCAUCUUUCCCACCAACCAUGACAGGGUGUCAAUAUCACCCUCCUCGCACCAAUACAAUGACCGAAAAGGAUUGUUGGUGAAUAGGUCAGACACACCUCCCUCACUUGAAGAGACCUACCAUCGGCCAGUAAAGCUCCUGUCUGGGGACUGUGACAUUGGGUCCGAGCUUACACAGACUCUAUUACCCAACGGACAUGCACAUACGCCUGAUGCCACCCUAAGCGAGAGUGAAUCCUUUGAGCGGGCCAGUGACUAACACCGCACCAUCACUCUUUUUUUUUAUCCUUUUGCACUGAGAACUGCUACCUCACACUGAGGGGCACAGACAAAGCUGCCCCCAUCUAUCUGAAUGCAGAACAGGGGCGUCCGGAGUUUGAAGGCGAAGCUUGAGUGGGAUGUUGGCAUCCCAUGCGAGCGUUAAUGAUGUAUAUAGAUAUAAUCCUCCUCAGGGAGGCUUCGUUCACACUUCAGAAAUGUGACUUGCAUUUGACGCAUGCAAAAUGUAUGACAGAGUGCUAUAACGUUGGGCUUUGAGCUGUACAUAAGAGUUUUCAUAUAUAAAUAUAUGAAUGUAUGUAUUCUAGAACUUUUACAAAAGAGUGCUUAACUCUAUUCGGUGCAUGGUGAGAUCAGAGUGGUUAUAUUUUAUUUUUAUUUCUUGCCUUUUUUCUUUUUUUUCUUUUUUUUUACAGAUCUCUCCUGCUUUUCCCAGUUUAUAAGCAGUGCCUUAUAGCAAGAUCAAAGAUUUCACGUGUUUUUUUCGCAAAUGGGAAUUUUGUCAUGCACUUGAAGUUUAAACAGCCCAAUAAUCAUAAUAGGCCAUCUUAAAGGAAUAUUCUAGGUUAAAUAAGAUACAGGGUUCCCAUGGUCAGGGAAAACCUGGAAAUAUCAGGGACUUUUAAAAUUUUAAAUUUUUGUUGAUGCCUAGAAUAGUCAUGGACUUUAUCAAACUCUUUAAAAUUCAUAAAAACGUUACAGACUUUUUAUACUGAACAAACACUACCGUUCAAAAGUUUUUGGGGUCAGUAAUAUUUUGUUUUUAAAAUAUUUUUAUUCAACAAGGAUGCUUUAAAUUGAUAAAGUGACAGUAAAGACAUGCAUAAUGUUGGAAAAUGUGUAUUUCAAGAAAAUUCUGUUCUUAUGAAGGUUCUAUUCAUCAAAGGAUCCUGAAAAAAUGUAUCAGUUUCAAAAUAUAUUAAAAUGUAUAUUAAAAGAAAAGUUAAAUUGUAAUUCACAAUAUUACUGUUUUUACUGUAUUUAUUUGCCUUGGUAAGCGUUGAGAUUUUAAAAAUCUUACGAACCCCAAACUUUUGAACGGUAGCAUAAGGGCACUUUUCCACUGCAUGGUACGGCAAUAGUACCACCUCGGGUGAGGUUCCAAGUGAGCCAUACCGAUACUAAAAUGUGACAAGUAAACGUCAGUGCCAGUAGCCUCGUGGGCAGCACGCCGAGAUGUAGCAUCGUUGCACUUUGGGUGACCCGAGUUCGAGUCCCGGCUCGUGGACCUUUACCGGUCACGCCACCUCGCUUCCUGUCUACUCUAUAAUGUCCUUUCACAAUAAAGGCAAAAAUCGCCAAAAAAUAACUGAAAACACUGCAGAUCACUGAUUGGACAGAGAAAAUUGUCACUACCAGCAUCAUUGGAUUUCCGACACAAGCUAAUUUAAUUAAUUGUGGUCAGUAGACGAGGUGCAGACGUUCCUCUCGUUGGUAGCCGAGGAGCGGAUCCACGGCAGUAGAAGCGGCGCAACGAUCAUCCCACCCACUUUGAAGCGGUACUAAACUGCAGUGGAAAAGCAAACCGAGCCAAAGUAAAGCAAGCCGAGUCGUACCACAUACACCAUAAAUUUAUUUUUGGGGAAAAAUAUAUAUAUAUAUCUAAAAGGUUUAAUUGGCUAGAAAUUCUCUCUUUCUUUUGUGAGUUCCAUCUCCAGAAAUUAUGUUUGAAUAUUUAUGACUGGAAAAACCAUGGAAAUUCACUGGUAAAACACAUGGGAACUCUAAAGUUAAUUUCUCCCCACAACAUAUAUGGCUUGGUGUCAUUUACCACAAAAUUAAUUUAAAUUCAUACUUGAGUUUGCAAAAAAUGUGUGUACAGAAAGGCAUUUACAAUAGCAAAGUCAUGUAUUUGUCAUUCACUGACUGUUGUUUAACCUGGAAUAUUCCUUUGUCAGAAUAUAUUUAUGUUCUGGUCUGUGAUGAUGGAAAAGCUCUGCAUUGAAUUUUCAGGUCCUUUAUGGUACAGAAAUGACAAAUAUUGGCAUAAGGGAAAUUUAUGCACUUUGAGUACUCUUAUAACAUUUUUACACCCUGAAAUUCUGAUGCAAUCGAGGCUCUUCCGUUAACAAAUGUACGCUUCACCUAAAGCUGCUUCACUCACCUUCGAUACCUGUGGUAUUUGAACUGAAUUUUUAAAUGUAUUUGUUGACCGCCUUUGUUUUUUUUGUUUUUUUAACACAUUUGGGAAAAUAACAAAUGAUCCAAAAAAUAACAUGUAGAGAGAUUUGGUCUAACAGUGACUUUAAGCUAACAGAAAAGCCGAAUGCUGCCAAAUCACGAAAGGGAAAGAAUGUCUCUAAAAAAAACUCAAGCUGCGUGUGCUGGUCUUCAGGGUCUUCCUUCAACCACACACAUAAUGUCUUCAUGUAAAGGGAAAAAGCGGGAAUAAGUGAACACCUCAUCAGCUAAUCUCUCGUUGUCUUUGGAAUAAAGCAGCUAAUGCUAAGCUACAUAUUGUCUUUAUUAGUUAUCCUGAGCCAAACUGGUUCAUGUCAACAAGCCAAGGAUUUGUUUUGUUUUGUUUUUUAGGCCAAAUAGUGAAACAUCUCUACUACUAAACUUGGGGAAUGUUUUGUAAAGUUAGAUUACAGCAAAUGCCAGUUUAUCCCCCAAAAGUUCGACCAUAGCAGUACUUUGAUACUGCGGGUAACUGGUUAAUUGUGUAAUCUAGCUCUGUGAAGAACCCCACUAGCUCAUAUAUGUUAACUCUACAGAUGUUUCAUACCAGAUUAAUUUAUUGAAAUGAACUCUAAUCACAGCUGUUCACCCAUAUGGCUAAAACUGUUGAAGUGUCAAAAUGGCAGGUGUUUAUUAAAGUCACAUUUUGCUCUUUUA